GAUCUGUCAUCAUCCUUCGUACAAUGCGAAAAGGGAAGUUGAAAGAAGUGGGAGAGGGACAUCGCGAAGCCUAAUGAGAUCUAAUGUUACAGUAGCUGGCUGGAUAGUCGACACACUGUGAACAGAUACUGAAGUGCCACAAAUAUUCCUCUGGAGUCACAUUUUACUCAAAGUAGCUUCCUCCUUUUGGUGUUAUUCCAUUGUCGUCGACGGUCCACCAGUGUCCAGAGGAAGAGACCGGAGAGCACGACAUGGCAAGUAGAGGCGGAGCAACACGACCCAACGGGCCGAACGCCGGCAACAAGAUCUGCCAGUUCAAACUGGUGCUUUUAGGAGAGUCAGCCGUGGGGAAGUCGAGUCUCGUACUUCGAUUUGUCAAGGGACAGUUUCACGAAUUCCAAGAGAGCACAAUCGGAGCUGCCUUCCUGACUCAGACAGUAUGUUUGGACGACACAACAGUCAAGUUUGAGAUCUGGGACACAGCCGGUCAGGAGCGCUACCACAGUCUGGCCCCAAUGUACUACAGAGGAGCCCAGGCCGCCAUCGUGGUCUAUGAUAUAACCAACGAGGAGUCAUUUGUACGGGCGAAGAACUGGGUUAAAGAGCUGCAGAGACAAGCCAGCCCAAAUAUUGUAAUAGCUCUGGCUGGGAAUAAGGCUGAUCUCGCAAACAAGAGAGCAUUGGACUUCCAGGAUGCACAGUCGUACGCAGACGAUAACAGUUUGCUUUUUAUGGAAACAUCAGCGAAGACCUCCAUGAACGUCAACGAGAUAUUCAUGGCAAUUGCAAAGAAACUACCCAAGAACGAGCCUCAGGCCGCGGGCGCCAGCAGCGGUCGGAACCGGGGGGUGGACCUGACGGAGACGGCCCAGCCCACCAGCCGUCCCUGCUGCAGUAACUAACCCAGCCCCCCCUACCCCCUACCACCCAACCCACCUGCUCUCAUCUGCCCCCUCCACAUGAACCCCUCGUACCCGCCCGCCCACCCCCACCCCUCCCAUCUGAACAUGUGGACAUCGGGUUCCUCGGUUCCCCCGACCUCAGACCUGACCUUCGACCUCACUCCCCCAGAAAUAGCUAAAGACUCUGUAUAGCUGCAUUUCUAAUACCUUUUUUUGUUGAUGUUCUUUUAUUUUUUAACUUUUUUUAAGAAGUGUAUAUCAGUAUAAUGGAUGCAUGUAUCACUACAAACGCCUAAAACACAUUUUUAUCUCUUAUUCAGUUGGAAGACUAACCCCCUUUUAAGAAAGACACGAGCGAGAGAAACCGUGAACGUGUGAUUGUUGUGUUGCGUGUGAAUUCCGAGAGUGAUGUUGCGAUGUGGAGGCGUAGUCUCGGUUACUUCACAGGGUCGACUGGAUGCGAACGACGCUGCCUGGAAUAGACUUCGGCUCACAAUCAGAAGAAAAACCAAAUUGCUCCCAUGUUUAGACAUUUGUGGUGAGGACUGUCCCCACACUUCCCCUCUGUCUUUGUCUGUCUCUCACAUCUGUUACUUCAAGAGGACCUCUUCAACCGAGGCUACAAAGUGUGGAACAGGAAGUUUUAUUUUUUAGUACCACCAGAUUUUUGAAAAACCUUUGGAAAUUCUGGAAGAAAAAACAACCAGUCUGAGUCUUGGUAACACGCCUGGUUUCUCUUUAUGUCCAAACAAUGUCAUUGAAAAGAAAAAAAAGGUGACUCUUCAUCUGUGGAGGUCUCGUCAUUUUUGUCGUACAUCAUAUUGAAAUCUUUGUGCAACAGACCCUUUUCAGGAGAGAUUUUUCAGAUAAAUUUACAAACACAGAGAGCUUUGUCAACGUGGUAAAUUCUGACACUGGUGUAAUCUUUACUUGGAGAUUAAAAAAGCAACAAAAAAAAACAAAGACCUGAGAAGACUGUUGAUCCUUAACAUCCUUUCUUUGUGACUAGAACAUGUCUGUUAACCUCCUUCCUGUCUGUGUUGAUCCACUCUGUAUUUUUGUUCUGUUCAGGCCAGUAGGUGCAUCAAUUUGGACGAUCUGAGUCGAUUGUUUUAGACUAGAGUUCAGACAGCACACAAACAAACAAAAAUUGGACUACUAUCCAUCGUCAUGAGUCUGUGGAAAAUAUACUCUAAUGUUGUUCUAAGGUGCAAUGUUGUCUUCUUCCUCUCUCUUAGUACAGCUUGCAGAGCUUGAGAGCUCACAGGAAAUUUAUCUAGAGAUUCCGAACAAUUGUACAGUUCGAUAUAGGUUUGCUUUACUUUUUUUUGUUCUUUUUUAAAAAAUAUUUUCUUUUUUCAUUCUAGACCUGGUCAAAAUGUUAAGCAGUGGUGGUCUUUUUAUUAGGUAUAUGUAGUGUUAACAAAAAUCCCACUCUGGUGUCUUGUUACUUUCUCAAAAAAAAAAAAAGAAAAGGUCCAUGGUCAUGUUUGAAAGGAACUUUUAUUGCAUUGCACAGUGUUGAUCAUGUUUUUAAUGAAUUAAUGAGCGCCCUUUGGUUUUCUAUGACGGACUGUAUUGGACUUGCUAACCUAUAAUGGCAGGUAGCAUCAUUAACCUAACUGUUGGUCUCUCUCUUACAGCUGAAUGAAUUUUAAUGAUGUAAAAAAAAAAAACAGCAUUACUAGUGAUGGGCUGAUCAGUUUUGAGUGUCUGAAUACAAACUUAAUAAAUUCAAUAAAGAGG